AUGGCGCUGUCAGACACACUGAUCUUCCUUGGCCUGCCUUCGGACCUCUACCGCCUUUGGAAGUACAAGCCCUACAUAUUUGGGGAUUUUCUCUGCAAGUUCUUCACUUACCUGAGCGAAACGUGCACGUACUGCACCAUCCUGCACAUCACCACAGUGAGCGCAGAGCGGUACUUUGCCGUCUGCUUUCCCCUGAAAGCCAAAGUGACCACCAACAAGCACCGGGUGAAACGGGUCAUCCUGGCUCUGUGGGGCUGCUCCCUCCUGACCGCCGGCCCCAUCCUCUUCCUUUUCGGGGUGGAACACCCCAACGGCAACCUGCCCCAGGAGAGCCAGGAGUGCAGGUCCAUUGAGCGCGUGAUCCGCAUGGGGCUGCUCGAGAGGAUGACCUGGGUCUCCACCGUUUACUUGUUCCUGCCAAUGCUGUGCGUGGCUCUGCUGUACGGACUGAUCUGCAGAAAGCUGUGGCGCAGUGGGCAGCGGCUGCUGGAAGGAAGAGGUGCCACCCAGACUGUCAGAGUGCUGGCUGUCCUCGUCUUUGCCUUUGUGGUGUGCUGGCUCCCGUUCCACCUUGGCCGAAUCCUCUUCGCCCGAAGUGAAAUUGUCCUGGAUGACCUCAUGCAGUACUUCAGCCUCAUCGCCAUGCUCCUCUUCUGUCUUGGGGCUUCCAUAAUCCCCAUACUGUACAACAAACACAGGAAAGCGAUGAGCAAAAUCCUGCACCACAAGCGAAGCCAGUGCUGCAGGCACCUGACCCGGGGUGCAGAGGUUUCUUCUGAAGGACCAGACAUUUUGUUAAUUGCAGACCUGUAA